AUGGCGUCCACCGAAGCCCAUCUCUCUCCGCCCAUUCUCCCCGCUUCCCCGCAGUUGCCUCCCGCAGCGCACUUCCCCUCCCCCUCUUCAUUCGCCCCUCCGUUGCCCUCCUCAUCUCCGCCAUUUCUUCCGCCCCCCGCGUCCCCAUACGCGGAGGGAUUUUGCUUGGCGUGGCAGCACCCGCACGCCUCGCUUAUAUCGCGGACAUGGUUCGCUUUAGUCAACGUUGCGCCGCCGCUCCUCUUCCUGCUCUUCCUCCUCUCCCGCGUCCGCCCCGCGCUGGCGCAGCUGCGGCGCGCGCGCAGCGCGGGCAUGAUGGGCGGGCAGUGCGCCGUGAUGGCGGGAUUCUACGCGCUGCUGUGGGCCGCCGCGGGAACGAACCUCGUGCGCAGCCUGGCGCAGGUGAGGCGCGGAAUGGCGCAGGUGAGGCGUGGAAUGGCGCAGGUGAGGCGGAACGGCGCAGGUGAGGCGCGGAAUGGCGCAGGUGAGGCAUGGAACGGCGCAGGUGAGGCGUGGAAUGCCGUUGAUGUGAGGGGCGGCCUGGGGAGGGUGGUGGGGGUCAGCUCGGCGGGAGGUGGAGAUAAGAGUAGGGAGCAUGGCUCGGAGUUGGCCGGCUCGGUCGAAGCUGUGAUGCGCAGGCAGGUGGACGGCUGCGACACAGCUGGGCGAGCAAGGCACUUCACUCUGAAUCAACGCGUUUUGCAGGUGGACGGCAUGCGCGUUUUGCAGGUGGACGGCAUGCGCGUUUUGCAGGUGGACGGCAUGCGCGUUUUGCAGGUGGACGGCUGCGACGAGCUGAAAGGGGCUCGGCUUGGGUCGACGAGACGAGCCUGGAUGAGGAAGAAGUUGGGCUCGGCUUGCCACUGUGACGAGCGCAGGUGA